GGGCUCGCCGCCAUUCUGACGACGCCGUCACGUGCCGGUCGACCUCGCCCUCGCCAUUAUCCUCAUGGAAUUUGCCGAAAGAAGAGAACAACUCCCGGUCGAUACAUUGUACCAUGUGGGCGAAUUGCCCGCUGCAACACUUCCCAUCAUGGGGAGCGCAUCGAUGCUUGAGGAGACCAAAGCUCCCAUUCCCGGAGAUGCCAAGCCUUCAGUCUCAAGGACAGAGAUGAGAGAAUUACACCGUUGCAAGAUCUUCGUGCACGUACUGCAGCUGCAUGCUAAUGCACUCGAACGGAGAUGGGUGAGCGUCAGAACUCGAGAACAGUAAAAGCUUCACGCCGUCCAAUGAUGGAACAGGGGAGAAGCAUCAUAGAGGGAACAUUUCGGCACCCAGAAGAGAACGUGGAAUUCCACCAGCAAAUAAUGCUCGAAUCAGCACGCCGUGAAGUAUUUGGUGCCGCUUCGAUGUGCGGCAUGUGUCGUUCUCGUGCAGAUAUCAGCGGUGGAAGAGUAGAUUUCCAAUGGCGAUGCGUUCCCGCUCCCCGGCGGGCAUAAAUAGCCCGGCUCUGAUGGCCAACUCCUCAAAGCCCGGCACACGACAUGGCCUAUUGGAUCGAGUGGAGACCGGUGCUGGUGAUGCUGGCGGUGGACGUCGUGUUUGCGGUGAUGAACACGAUGAUCAAGAAGGCGAUCGACGAGGGGCUGAACAGGCUGGUGCUGAUCACGCUCCGGCAGCUGGUCGCCACUCUGUUCAUGGCUCCCAUCGCCUUCUUCCAUGAGAGGAAGACGAGGCCGAAGCUGACGAUGGAGAUCUGUGUGUAUCUAUUCUUCAGCGCCUUGCUCGGGGCGCCUCUGACCCAGUAUCUCUUCUACCUUGGAAUGCAAUACACGUCGGCGACGUUUGCAUGUGCUUUCCUCAACAUGGCUCCUGUCUUCACCUUCCUCAUAUCAUUAGCCCUGCGGUAUUCUUCUGCCUCCGAAGUACAGCAAACAAGAAAAUGUAUCGAAUCCAAUGCUUGUGCAUGCAGGAUGGAGUAUCUGAAUCUGAAGACCAAACCAGGGAUCGCAAAGACGCUCGGAACAUUGCUGUGCCUGAUAGGCGUGAUUGUGCUGACAUUGUACAAGGGUGUAGCCUUGAACAGCGACGCAUCGCCUCGAUCGACGGCACCGGAGCCGCAGCAGUCGUCGCCGGACGCCACGGACUACACCUCAAGGAAAUGGCUGAUGGGAUCCGUUGCGCUGCUUGCUGGUUCUUUCUGCUGGUCCGCUUGGUUCCCUCUCCAGUCCAAGGUCGGCAAGAAGUAUCCGGCUCUCUAUUCCUGCACUGCGCUAGUGUUCUUCCUCAGCUUCCUGCAGGCGGCUGCCAUGAGCGUGGCCGCAGAGAGGAGCCUCUCCGUGUGGCUGUUGCAGAAGAAGAUGGAGAUCGCCACCGUACUGUUUGCGGGGUCCAUGGGAUCUGGACUCGGCUUCUUGGCCAUGUCAUGGUGCGUGGAGCAGACAGGGCCGGUGUUCACUGCGGCGUUCACGCCGCUCGUGCAGAUCAUCGUUGCGGGCAUCGACUGCGCCGUCCUCCAUGAACAGAUCUACCUCGGGAGUGUUCUGGGAUCGGGUCUGGUGAUCGCCGGCCUCUACUCAUUGCUGUGGGGUAAGAACAAGGAACCUGGUAUCCGUGAAGCCAAGCCAGCAGAAGGGAAUGGGGAGAACCAAGUGCAGAUGCAGACAGCGUGAAGAACCAACAUCUUCUUCUCUUUAGCUUUCCCAAAAGGCUUACUGUGCGGCUUUUAGCUUGCGAUGCAUACAUAGAUGCUUAGAAAAGGAGAGAGGCCGUCUUUUUUGCUUGGAUGAUGUAAGUUUCUGGCCAUGGAGGGGAGGGGGAACAAUGUUCAGCUCACACUGCCAUGCCCACUG